UGUUUUAUAAUUACGCUACGUUGCUAUUUUCGAAUAGAAUUAAACCAGAAAGAAAAAAGAUUUCAACUUAUUUUCAUAGUAAUCUAAAGAGAUUUUCUGUUAACAUCGAAAUAAUGGCAGAUACGAGUAAAACACGUAUGAAUUUAGCGGCCAUAAAAAAGGUUGAUCCCUAUGCCAAGGACAUAGUGGAUACAUCAUCACAUGUGGCAUUCUACAUUUUCAAUUCAGAUCAAAACGAAUGGGAGAAAACUGAUGUCGAGGGAGCCUUUUUCAUAUACAGCCGCAAUGCUCAACCAUUUCACAGUAUUUUCAUAAACAAUCGCCUAAACACGACAUCGUUCGUCGAGCCCAUUACCAGCCACUUGGAAUUGCAGGCGCAGGCACCUUUCUUGCUCUAUCGUAAUGAGCGGUCACGUAUCAGAGGUUUUUGGUUCUAUAACAGUUUAGAGUGUGAUCGCAUAAGUAAGUUGGUUAGUGAACUGGUACAGACAGCUGGGGGCUCGGGCGAAAGUAUCAUAACUGCUGACAAUUCCACACAAGUGAACGAUGCUAAAGAAAACAACAAUGUGAAUAUAUUUAAAAUGUUAUCGAAUGCUCAGCAAGAAUUUAACAACAGCAACCAGCAGCAGAACCAUAAAAAUUCCACAACUCCAAAUAAUGUUGGCAGUGUUCAGUUGGCACAACACACACCUACACAGAAUAUCGCUUCGGGAAAUGUUUUGAAAUUUUUCGAAUCGGCAAAGCCAACAGCAGAAGUAGCAAGUUAUACUCCUCGUAUAUUACCCAAUACCUUGUCGGUGGAACAAUUAGAAAAGCAACAGCGUGAUGUAGCUCCCAACUCCCUACAGUCCAUAGGUAGUGGUGGAGGAGCCGCAAUUGAUGAAGGCAACAAUUCUCUUUACCACAAUCAGACGGAAAAUUUGACAAAUCGUUUGUCUUGUUCUUUACUCGAAAGUGCCACUCUGGAAUCGUCUAAUUCCAUGUUUAAUAAACCUGUACCCAGGCCAGGUAGUGGUUCUUUGGAUAUGAAGCCCAUUAUAUCCCGGGGACCAGAUUUUGGUUUCGCAAAAGCUUUGACAGCAGCCACAUGCACAACCGGCCAGAUGCCGGGAGAGCAAAUUUCGUUAAGCAAAAUAUUUUCCAAUCUAAAUCUACAGCAGAGUCUAUCACAGUCGAAUUCAGCCAUGUCCGGAGGAGGAUCCAGUGGCGAGGUGGUAAACAAGCCGGCUCUUAUGCCACCUACAAUGUUCGAUAAGCCAGCUGCGGCCUCGUCUAUGGAGCCUUUGAAAAUUUCUUCAAUUACUCCCAAGCAAGAGCCUUUAAAUAAGUUUCAGUUUGUACAGGCGUUCAAUUAUUUAAUACAAAACGACGAAGAUUUUGUGCAGAAAUUACACGAAGCUUAUCUCAAGACAGUUUCCAAAUUUGGCACAUAUCAAUAAACCACAAAAUAAUAACUAUACAAUUGUAUACAGAAUAAUGAAAAAUAGAAAAUAAUCAAAAUGAUACAAAAAUUCAUUUUAUGUUAUCAUACAGAUAAAAGAAAAUACUAAAAUAUAUAAAUAUCCUAUAUAAACAUACUAUCGAAUAUUCCAAAUGCAAAAAAGCUAAUACAAAUUGAGAUCCGUUUUUUUUUCAAA